AUGGCCGGCACCGCGCGUCCCGGUUUGGCGGCGGAUCACCCCGGCUCCGGAGUCAGCUGGUGCCCUCGUCUUCAUCCGCCCGAGGACUUGGUGCGCCAUGAGGUGGGGCACCACCCUGGGUCUAGGCGUCGCCGGCCGCGUAACCGUCGCCCAUCGAUUACGGCUCGUCCGGUGUCCCCGCCAGCUGAUGGUUCCCAGCAAAUGGUCCUCCCUCCGGAGGCAUCAAGGGCCGUGUUCAUCUCCGUCAUCGGUGAGGCGGUGGCGGUUGAGGAGCUGGCUGCGGUGAUCGCCUUGAGGCUGGGCGCUGAAGAUGACCCGCUGGCCCUCCGUCGUGCCUCCCCGGCUAGCUUUCUGCUAGUCCUCCCUGACGGGGCCGCGGUGGCGCGCCGUGUCCGGUCUCUUUCCCCGCAGUUAAAAUCGGGUCCGGCGGGCGGUGCUGAAGCUUUCCGCGGCGGUUUGGGGCGGCGGCCGGUCUGGGUGCGGUUGGGCCCCACGGCUUCUUGCAACUCCUACGUGGAAGCUACUCCUUCGGCAAGAGCCUCCACUCCUGCCGUUGGAACAGAGGAGCCGCGUCUUAACUCGCGGGGGAAUCGCGACGUGCGCGACGUGCCAUUAAUUGAAGCCUUUGAAUCGACCUCGACGCCCAAGGUCGGCGCGGCAACGUCUACUGCCCACCGGAUACGCCUUAAUGAAGAAGUUUCGCGGCCAAUCGGCAAGCAGGGAUUGGGGGACGGGUUGACUCCCUCGAUGAAGGACUCGGGGGCUGAUUUGAAGACUGAAUUUGUCCAGCCUAGCCCGGCAAAUGCUGCUCCUCCUGGGCUGAUGGAAGGGGCUGGUCCUGGACCUGAUGAGGCGCAAGGCCCAUUCGCUGACAACUUGGUCAUGGGCCAUGGUGAGGCAACGGAGGGGAAUCCCCUAAUCUUGCCGGCCUCACAAUGCUUACCGCCGCACCCCACCUCAGGCUUGGCCACUGAAGAAAAUCCCCCAAGGUCGCCGGCUGCUCUUGGCUCCCCAUGGACCUCUCCCCCACCGGAGUUCAGAGAGCUCCACGUUGGCGCCGUCGAUAGAGCUGGAGGCCGAGGUCUCCCCCAAAUCUCCGUGUAUACCGGCGGGGGAUGUGGCAGCUCCGGCUCCGUCCCCAGCCGCGACACCUUCAUCAGCAAGCUCUCCCGUCGGACAGCAGGCCCGCUGCCAGUCCUCACCAUCAGCAAACGUCGCGCAAAAGCUAUGCCACCUGGUGAGACUCCACGGCGUAGUCGACGUCUUGCGGGGGCAGUGGCUGAGUUCCAACCGGUGGAUUGGGCAAGGCGGUCGAAAAAGAAGGUUAUGCGCUCGCUGGAAAUCAUUAGUGAGCAGAAUGGUGUCUGUCAGCAGGCUGAAGAGGAGUAUUGUAAGCUUUUUGAAAACCCACUUCCUGACAUCCAUCUGAUUGGUUUGGCUGCCCUGUUCAACUGGUCCAUCCCCGAGUUCUGUGAGGAUGAUGAUCAAGUUGCUAAAAUUUUAAUUUGGAAUGUAAGGGGCCUCAAUUCUACAGCAAGGCAAGAUUCUCUCCGCACUCUUGUGGAAGCUUCCCGGUCAGAUAUUGUGUGCAUCCAAGAAACAAAAAUCUCUACGUCAGCCAGGCGAGUGAUCCUGUCUGCUCUGGGGACUGAUUUCUCAGAGUUUGCUGAGCUCCCCUCUGUAGGUGCUAGCGGUGGUAUUCUUGUUGCCUGGCGUCGUCAUCUUGGUACUGCAGGGGCCUGCCAUGUGAAUAACAACAGCGUAACUGUUCAACUAUGCCCGGUUAAUGGUGUUUCCUGGUGGUUAACCUGUGUGUAUGGUCCUCAGGGCAUGGAUGAGAAAAUCCAGUUUCUACAGGAGCUGAGAGAUAUCAGAGGGGGCUGUCCUGAUCCAUGGGUUCUUGUUGGCGAUUUCAACUUGAUUUACAAAGAGGAAGACAAGAAUAAUGAUAACUAUAACCGAGCAAUGAUGGGUCGUUUCAGACGUUUAAUUAAUGAUCUUGCUAUCAAGGAAAUUCCUCUACAUGGUCGGAAGUAUACAUGGUCAAAUCAGCAAAAUAAUCCUACUUUGGUAAAGCUGGACAGGGUGUUUUGUUCAGUGGACUGGGAGGAUCUUUUCCCAUACUGUCUGCUGCAAAGCAUGGCUUCGGAGGACUCAGACCAUUGCCCUCUUUUGCUUGGACUUCAGGAUAAUAAAUCAGGUCGCAGACGCUUUCAUUUUGAAGCUUUUUGGCCUAAGCUUGAGGGGUUUCAGGAAACUAUAGCAGCUGCUUGGGCCUCAGUGCCAGCUGGUCCUUGUCCUUUCUCCACCUUGAACCUCAAGUUCAAAGCUGCCACUAAAGCUUUACAGAGUUGGAGUGAUAAAUCAGUGGGUCACGUUAAUUCUCAGCUAGCCCUUGCCCGUGAGAUCCUCCAUCAGCUGGAGAUCGCCCAGGACAGUCGCACCCUCUCACCAAGAGAAGACUGGCUGAAAAACAAUCUUAAGAAGCAUUGCCUUGCUCUUGCAUCCCUCAAGCGGACAAUUGCCCGUCUUCGCUCAAGAAUUGAUUGGGUACGUGAUGGGGACACCAACACAAAGUUUUUCCAUCUCCAUGCCCGUCACCGCAAGAGGAAGAACUUCAUAGGCAAGCGGGUUUCAGGUGACCAGAUCUACACCAAACAUGAAGACAAAGCAAGAUUGUUAGAUGAAUUCUAUGAGGGCUUGCUUGGGACAAGCCUGGACAGAGCGCGUACUAUCAACCUUGAUGCGCUUGGGAUCCUCUCCCAUGAUUUGGCUGAUCUUGAGCUCCCUUUUACUGAAGAAGAGGUGUGGAAAACAAUCAAGCAACUGCCUCCGGACAAAGCGCCCGGUCCAGAUGGUUUUACUGGCAGAUUUUACAAGGCUUGCUGGCCGGUUAUAAAGAAAGAUAUUAUGGCUGCAGUUUCUGCUGUAUGGAGUAGGAGAUUUGCUGGUUUUGAGGGAGUUGAAGGCUUAAUAAGCUCUUGA